AUGUCGGCGACGCCUCGGGAAAUAGGCACUCUGGUCGUCAUUAUCAUUAGGGCUAACCAUCUGCCCAACAAGAGGCAUAUCGGCAAACAAGAUCCAUACUGUCUUGUUACUGUUAAUGGCGAGAAGAGAAGAACGAAAGCGAUCAAGCGGGGAGGACAACACCCUGAGUGGGACGAGGAGCUGAGGUUCACUCUUUUCGAAGAUGUCGACGAUGUUUUGGCCAGAACAGCCCAUGGAGAUAGCACGCCUCCGCCACCCCCUCCAAAGGACGGCAAGAGGACGAAGAGCAUCAAGGGUGGCAAGACUAUGAAGCUUGCUUGCUAUGCAGAUGACCCUCGCGAACCCGAUCUAAUUGGAGAAACUGACGUGGAUCUGACAGAAGUUCUUACUAAGGGCGAAACAGACGAGUGGUUCACGCUCACCAACAAGGACAAGUUCGCGGGCAAAGUUUACCUGGAAUUAACCUUCUGGUCCAACGAACCUCCCCCUGAGAAGAAAGUCACACCAAAGCCGCCUAAAAGCAAUAAACAAUAUGCCGGGCCAGGAUCUUUCGUCGCGUCAGGGGACUUUCCUGGCUCCUCUCCCAGACAUGGUGCACCUCAAAAUCAUGGCCGUCAAAAUUCAGACGUUAUUCCGUCAUCCCUUAGGGCGUCCGGUUCAGCAGCAAACCUCGACCUUUACGUUGCACCUUAUGAGAGGAAUCGAAACCAACAUAUGGAUAACCUUACUCAGGAAUUUGGUGACUUUGGCUUUUCUCAACAUCGUCGGAGGGAAAGUUUUCCGGUCAGUAUUUUCCCUUGGGUUGUCUCGUCGUUGCUGACCCUCGACCAUCAGCCCGUGCCUGGACAAUAUUCUCAAGCUCCACAGUUUACGGGUGGUCAGUCGACAUUGACGGUCUAUCCCAAUACUUAUGAUCAAGGAUACCAAUAUGAUCGACCUGUCACGCCUAACGGACAACCAUCGCAUUUUGUGCAUCCUCCUGCAUCAGGCCCGUAUGAUCCUUACUCUCCUUACCAACCUGCAUACGAGGUUCCUGCAACGGCUUCAACGUACCAACUGCCUGCACGUGGGCCAAGGCACAGUGUUCCAACCGCAUCGUCUGGGUUUAUGCCGUUGCCUCAACCAUCUGGUUUUGUACCCAUACCGUCUCACAUCUCUGAACCUUCUGGGUUUAUGCCUCCUGUUUCUCAUACACCAAUGCCAAUGAAUUAUCCCUCGCAAUUUCAAUCUCCUCCGCAGGCAGCUUAUCCCCCUCCAUUGCCUCACACACCUGCUGCACAGACCAACGGAUCGUAUCUACCGCAAUCGACAUCUUUCCCUCAGCAAUCGUUUCCGGCCGCACAACCGUAUAAUUACCCGUCGUACGUUAUACCUCCAUCUGCUUCAGCGCCUCCUCAACAAUUCGUUCCAACCCCGGCCCCGCAAUCCAACUUUGUGCCGCCGGCUACCUCAGCCGCCCCGCAACUUUACACUGGUCAAACUGCGUCCCACGAAGGCUCUCCAGUGCAAGCCCCUCCGCCUCAGAGCCAGCCCACUGGACAAAGCUCUCGACCUUUACCCCAGCAACCACAAGUUGUGUAUGCCCAGCCCCCAGUCCAGCAGCAAACUCUUACGCCUUCUCAAUCCUUACCUCUUCCUGCUACUUCAAGUCGGCAGCCCAGCAGUUUUGGUUCUACCCAACCUGGCGCUAUUUAUCCUGCAACCAAUGCUUACCCCGCAGUUCCACCUCCGCCUCCACCCCCGCCUUUGCAAUAUAACAAUAGCAACAGUGUCCAAAACGUUGCGCAGCUUCCAAUUCCUCCCCCGCCUCCUAUUCAGCCGCGUCGGCGUGCCAGCCUCCCUCAACCACCAGUUACCUACCAGCAGCCAGUGUAUCAACAACCUCCGCCGCCUCCUCCACCAGUCGGUUACUUUAAUCAGACCCAAGUUCCCCCACCUCCGCCACCACCAAUUGACAAUUCGUUCAACACUCAAAAUGGCACAUACCCUCCAGGUCCUCCGCCUAAACCACCUGCCUCAGUUGAUGAACACGGACAAUGGAUUCAGCCUCCAAACACGUAUUCUACAGGUGUGCAUACCCAACAGGCAUAUUGA